AAGUAAAAUUUAUCACCUAAAACCCUCUUUCACUUAUAUAUUAUUAUAGAUAAUAUCAUUUUCAAUGGGACAAAGAAAAGAAAAAAAAAAAAAAUGAUAUCACAUUCAAAAUUUUAAGACUUAGAGCUAAACCUGUUCUAACCCGAAUCAAACAACUCGUUAUUUUACUCGUAAUUUUAAUUUGUCUGGCGUGUGUGUAUCACUGCUUUCAACAUCUCACUAUCAUUCCCACUCCUCCAUUUUUCUCUCUCUCCUCUGCUGUAACAGUACUGUUCAAUCUGCAGCGUCAAACCCCCAAAACCAGUUUCCCAAAAACUUCGAAAUUUCUCACCUAAUUUUUCCUAAUAUCUUCUAUUUUAUUUCGACAAUAUUUAUUCUUUCGAAUUUCAUUUUCUUCCUCCUAAAAUUGUUAUUACAGUAAAUAAUUUUGAAAUCCGAUUUUCUGUAAUCUAGAUUACCAUUUUAGGAAACCCAUUCUUCCAUCUCGAUGAUAUUCUUUCCCUUAUUAGAGUUUAAUAAUAAUAAUUUUAUUAAUUAUCACUGAAAUAUUUAAUUCGUCGAAAUUUCUUAGCUAUUUUAGUUUCAAGUUCUCCGAUUAUUAUAAUAUUUCACAUUUUCUUGCCAUUUUUUUGAAGGUUGCAGAUAAUUUAUGCCUUAAUUGAGCUGCUGUGUUUCUGAUAUUGCUUCAAUUGGAUAUUAAGAGUGCUUGCUUUGUCCAAUUAGCAUAGCAGUAUGUGGCUGUAUCUAUUUUAGUGAAAUGAAGACCUCACCGGAUUCUCAAAAUACUCCUGAAAGACAGUCGACCAACCAAGCUUCACUUGAUUCCCAAAGUGAGCAACAGAAUAACAACAAUCAAGAAGCUCCAGCCCCUGACUCAGGCUCAGCUGCUGUUUCAAGUAACGAUGGGCGCAAAGUCUCUCGAGAAGAUAUUGAGCUUGUACAAAAUUUAAUUGAACGAUGCUUACAACUGUAUAUGAAUAGAGAUGAGGUGGUUAAGACCCUCUUAAAUCGUGCAAGGAUUGAUCCUGGAUUUACUACCUUAGUAUGGCAGAAGCUGGAAGAAGAAAAUGCUGAUUUUUUCAGGGCUUAUUACAUAAGGCUUAAAUUGAAGAAGCAGAUUGUUUUGUUCAAUCAUCUUCUCGAGCAUCAGUAUCAUCUGAUGAAAUAUGCUGUACCUCCAAAAGUUCCAUUGGCUCCUAUCCAAAAUGGAAUUCAUCCUAUGCCUGUUAACAACAUGCCUAUGGGUUACCCUGUCCUACAACCACCUCCGAUUCCGGCCCCUGGUCAGCCUCAUCUUGAUUCUAUGAACCAUGGACUAUCCAACUGCCAUGUGGUCAAUGGAGUCCCUGCACCCAGUAAUUUUCAACCCAUGAGAAUGAAUUCUGGGAAUGAUAUGGUGAUGGAAAGUACCUCAGCUGAAGCUGCACCAGUGAUUCCGCCCAGUAGUGGCAUGUCGUCCAUGUCGGACAUGCCCAUCAGUCCAACUUCAGUGGCAUCCAGCGGGCAUUUUCCAUUCACUGCUUCUGAGUUGCCUGGAAUGGGAGUUGAUACUUCAGCACUUGAUACAGCAUUUCAGUCUGACGUGGGAAGUUCAAUUGGAUUGCAGCUGCCAUCUGAUGGAGGUGCUGGAAAUUCCAAAGAUUCCCUUCGUUCUUUGGCUCAAAUUCCCUGGAAUUUCAGCCUUUCUGAUCUAACAGCAGAUUUAUCGAACUUGGGAGAUCUUGGACCAUUGGGAAAUUAUCCUGGCUCGCCUUUUCUGCCUUCGGAUUCUGAUAUCUUACUUGAUUCUCCAGAUAAUGAAGAUAUAGUAGAGGAGUUCUUUGUAGAUUCAGUUCCUGGACCAGGUCCUCAAUCCGACGAGGAGAAGCCUUGAGUUAAGUUCUGAUCUGUCCCUUCGCUUUUAGAGAGCUGUGCCUUUGGACCAGGAAUAAUAAUCCAAAGAUGGAAAAGAACGGCACUUAUUUCCAUCUGAGGCAUUUUGGAGAUGAUCAGAUUGCUUCCUGUAGGAUGUAGGAUCCCAUUGCCUGUUGUCAGAUGUUAACAAGAACUUAAUGAUGAUUGUUCAUUUGUUCUCUGUUGUGUCACUGUAUGCCAAUGACUAUACUUUGAAAACUCAUCUUGUAUAUGUUAUGUUAAAUACCAGUCUUGAUCCAUUCUCUUCUGUUGUGUUCA